ACGAUGCGCUUCUCCUAUAAGACGCCGCAGCUCGUCCGCAGGUGACCCUCCGAACUCCGGUGGCGCUGAGGUCUUAUUUCCAGCAUUGGAUCCUGCACAUUGGGGUACCUCCAUUCAGACUCACCAUGAUUGACGGCAAUAAGGAGAGCAAAGAGCAUUCCUCCGAAAGAGGGAGAGUGACUCUCAUUUUUUCCUUAAAGAAUGAAGUCGGAGGACUCAUAAAAGCACUGAAAAUCUUCCAGGAGAAUCACGUGAACCUGUUGCAUAUCGAGUCCCGGAAGUCGAAGAGAAGAAGCUCAGAAUUUGAGGUUUUCGUUGACUGUGACAUCGACAGGGAACAGCUGACUGACAUCUUUCCCCUGCUGACGUCCCAUACCACUGUGCUCUCCGUGGACUCGGCCAGUCAGCUUGCUGUGAAGCAAGACGUUAUGGAGAGCGUCCCUUGGUUUCCAAAGAAGAUUUCUGACUUGGAUUUCUGUGCCAACCGAGUGCUGAUGUACGGAUCCGAACUCGAUGCCGACCACCCUGGCUUCAGAGACCACGUCUACCGUAGGAGACGGAAGUACUUUGCAGAGCUGGCUCUGAGCUAUAAGCAUGGGGACCCCAUUCCCAAGAUUGAAUUCACGGAAGAAGAGAUUAAGACCUGGGGAACCAUCUUCCGAGAGCUAAGCCAACUCUACCCGACCCACGCCUGCAGGGAGUACCUCAGAAACCUCCCUCUGCUCUCGAAAUACUGUGGCUAUCGGGAGGACAACAUCCCCCAGCUCGAAGACGUGUCCAAGUUUUUAAAAGAGUGCACAGGGUUUUCCAUCCGUCCUGUGGCUGGUUACCUCUCACCGAGAGAUUUCCUGUCAGGGUUAGCCUUUCGAGUCUUUCACUGCACUCAGUAUGUGAGACACAGUUCAGAUCCUCUCUAUACCCCAGAGCCAGACACCUGCCAUGAACUCCUGGGCCAUGUUCCUCUGUUGGCUGAACCCAGUUUUGCUCAAUUCUCCCAAGAAAUUGGCCUGGCUUCUCUUGGAGCAUCAGAGGAGACUGUUCAAAAACUGGCAGCGUGCUACUUUUUCACUGUGGAGUUUGGUCUGUGCAAACAAGAUGGACAGCUGAGAGUCUUUGGUGCCGGCUUGCUCUCUUCCAUCAGUGAGCUCAAACAUGCGCUUUCUGGACAUGCCAACGUUAAGCCCUUUGACCCCAAGGUUGCCUGCAAGCAGGAAUGUCUCAUCACAAGCUUCCAGGAUGUCUACUUUGUAUCCGAGAGCUUUGAAGAUGCAAAGGAGAAGAUGAGAGAAUUUGCCAGAACCGUGAAGCGCCCAUUUGGAGUGAAGUACAAUCCAUACACACAGAGCAUUCAGGUUCUGAGAGACACCAAGAGCAUAACCAGUGCCCUGAACGAGUUGCGGUAUGACCUCGAUGUCGUCAGUGAUGCCCUGGCGAGGGUCAGCAGGUGGCCCAGUGAGUGAUGGUCUCCAGUCUGGAUCCAGAAAGCCUCUGAGCAUCAGUUCGGGGCCCGGGCCACUUUUUGCUCCCCCGAAGACCUGUGUGAGGAGGGUCAGCAAUCCCAGCUUAUCGAAGUGUGUUACCUCUCUCUGUAAUAAGUCACUCGCCGUGAAAACGCAUACCUGGAUGCUCUAGCCACCACACACUGUUUUGAUUUGUCUUUAGGUACCUGCUAGGGAAAUAUAAUUCACAUACCAUGCAUUUCACCAUAUUCCCAUUUAAAAUAUUAUUUCAUUAAAAUAUAAUUAAAUCGUUCUUUCCCUUCCCUUUCUUCUCUCCAAUCCCUCCCUCUCAGAUUCACGGCCUUUCUACUGAACACCUGUUUUUGAUGGGCAAGUUGUUUGACAGUGGCCAUAGCUGGUCUCAUUGUGAUGCUGUUUUCCUCCAGUCUGCCAUUAGCAAAUGGUCAUGUUGGAUGCCCUGAGAGUGUAUCUGUUACCACCACGGGCUCUGUGACAGCCCAGGCUUGUUCACACACUAGGCUUAAAGGAGACUAGCUGGCCCCACUGCUAGCACGAACAAAAGGACUUUGCUCUAAGCGCGACUAAGAAAACAGCUUCAAGUGCAGUGUGUGACAGGAAUGCAGAGCUCACUAACACUCAGCCAGGCGUGAGGAUGCCUACAAUUCCAGUGCUCUCUGGCACUUUACUUCAAGGUGUCACACUGGGACAUGAAUGGGAAGGCAGUGAGGGAAGAGGGUAGGAAAUGGGAAGGUGAUAGAGUAAGGAAGGCAUCUUGUCUCUUGAUUGUAAUUGUGAGGGCACGAAGGACUGGGGCACAUGUCAGCUUUGUAGCUUUGGCAUAAGCAGCUGUGUAAACUUUGCAUUACUGUGGCAAAGUGCCAGAGGCAGUCCACUUAUAAAGAGGAAAAGUUUAUUUUGGAUGCUUUGGACUAUUGGAAGUUGUUCCUGUGCCUGUGGUGAAGCAAGGCAUGGUGGGAGAAUGUAGCAGAGCAAAGAUAUAAACUUCACAGAGGUUGGAAAGAGAAAGAGGGAGGGAUUUAGAGAAGGAAGAAGAGAGGGAUGGAGGGAGGAGGAGACAUACAGAAACAGACAAGGACACACACACACAGAAAGAGAGUCUAUAGUGCAGUUUGCUACCAGAAUAGGAGUUAAUGUAUUAGCUGCUCUUCCAGAGGACCUGAUUUGAUUCCCAGCACACAUCUAUUACUCCAGUUUCAGGGGUUCCAAUAUCUUCUGGCCUCCAUGGAUAGCAGGCAGGCAUGCAAGUAAUACACAGACAUACACAAGACAAAACAUCCAUACACAUAAAAAAAUGAAAACUCCACUUCUGAUUUUCACAUUAAUAGUAAUUUGUAUUCUGUUGAACAUGUUUCAUCUCAAGCCCACUAGAUUUUUUUUUUUACACUACAUUUAAAAAAAAUCCUUUUAAGAAUUCAGAUGGGCUGGAGAGGGGCUCAGAGGUUAAGAGUACUGACUGUUCUUCCAGAGGUCCUGAGUUCAAGGCUCACAACCAUCUAAAAUGUGAUCUGAUGCCCUCUUCUGGCACACAGGUGUAUAUGCAGAUAGAGCACUCAUAUACAUAAAACAAAUAAAUCUUUAAAAAAAAAAAAGGGUUCAGAGGAAACUCUAUUUCAUUCCAUGCUCUCCAAGGAAGCAGACCCAGGAAGGGUAACUCAGCCAUCUCAGAUUUUCAUAGAUGUACUCACUCUAACAGAUAUUACACACACAUUCAGCAGUAAGUAAAUAUGUUAGUUCUGAGUAGCCUGAAGUACAGUCCAGCUAGUUCAUAGUCUGCUCGGUUACCAGGGAAAGUGCUGUAAAGAAAUCCUAACCAAUAGCAAAUAGAGAUUGCUUUCUGCUGUGUCUGGGUAUUUCCGUAAGACUCCGAUGCUGGAGAGUCAGUUAUUAGCUUUUGAAUGACAGCGCUCAACAUUUGUUCUGACUAAAGCUCUUUAUAAUAAACGGUGAAGCCACAACUUUAUCACUUGUAACUUCAAGAUGGCAGAAAUACUUAGUGGCAGGCUUGACUUUGUCUAGCCUCUGAUUCUGGAAUAUUUGGGAAAUCAGGAUUUUAAAGAAUCUUUUAAUAAUGAUUGGAACAUCAGGACAGAGCUGAACCAAAAGCACCACUUGUAAUUCCCUACCAGAGCCAUUCCUCGGCAACAGCAGUGUGUUUGACUUUAAAGAAAACACAAAUGCUAAUCGUCAGAGCGCCUACGUGCCUUAAGCUCAUACUUUGGCAUUUGGAGUUACAUAAGUAGCAAGAUACAGAAAAAUACACAGAAUUAUUGCUCAUCUUUAGGUUGGCUUCCAAAGCAGAGAAAGAAAAGAGCUGGGACUUCUCAAACGCAAUAAAUAACAGAGA